CUCGGGCCUUAUUGCAUAUUCAUACGGAAGUGUUUCCAUACCCGGUGCCGUGCGGGGGGUGGAGCGAGCCGUCCCGCCACGCCCCGGUUGCGCGGCCGCUGCAGGAAGCCGUGGGGUUACGGUGCGUGUUGGUGCGGAGCCUGCCCGGAGCCGGCGGGGCGUGGGGCGGAAGCGCCCGGCAGCGCUCCUUGCCGCCUGGGUUCGGGCGACGAGGAUGAGCCAGAGAGACACCUUGGUGCAUCUUUUCGCCGGCGGGUGUGGAGGUACUGUUGGUGCAAUUCUGACAUGUCCACUGGAAGUUGUGAAAACUCGGUUGCAGUCCUCUUCUGUGACUUUGUACAUCUCUGAAGUUCAUCUCAACACUGUGAAUGGUGCUAGUGUAAAUCGAGUAACUAGAGUUUCUCCUGGACCUCUCCAUUGUUUGAAGAUGAUCUUGCAAAAGGAAGGUCCUCGUUCUCUGUUUAGAGGGCUGGGUCCUAACUUGGUAGGCGUUGCUCCUUCCAGAGCGAUAUAUUUUGCUGCUUACUCAAACUGCAAGGAAAAGUUGAACAAUAUUUUCAAUCCAGAUUCUACCCAGGUACACAUGAUUUCAGCUGGUGUGGCAGGUUUUACUGCGAUCACGAUGACCAAUCCCAUUUGGCUGGUAAAGACACGCUUACAGCUUGAUGCAAGGAACCGUGGAGAAAAACGAAUGAGUGCUUUUGAAUGUGUCCGAAAAGUUUAUCGAUCAGAUGGUAUUAAAGGCUUUUACAGAGGAAUGUCGGCAUCCUAUGCAGGCAUAUCUGAGACUGUUAUUCAUUUUGUUAUUUAUGAGAGUAUUAAGAGAAAACUACUGGAACAUAAGAUUGCUUCUGCCAUGGACAAUGAGGAUGAAUCGGCAAAAGAAGCUUCGGACUUUGUUGGAAUGAUGAUGGCUGCUGCCACUUCUAAGACUUGUGCAACAUCAAUAGCAUAUCCCCAUGAAGUUGUACGAACAAGGCUAAGAGAAGAGGGAACAAAAUACAGAUCUUUCUUCCAGACAUUAUCUUUGCUUGUGCGAGAAGAAGGGUAUGGAUCCCUCUACCGAGGUUUAACUACACAUCUGGUCAGACAGAUUCCAAACACAGCUAUCAUGAUGUCAACCUAUGAAGUCGUAGUCUACUUGCUUGAUGGAUAGCAGCGGGACAAGUCUUCUAGAGGAAGGCAGAAGACUGAAAGACUGGAGUGGACUACUGAGUGCCAGAUGCGAUGGGCGGAAGGAAAGUUAAAUCGGGAACAUGCAGAUAUGGACAAAUUAGAAGGUUGAUUGUGGGCAACUAUGGUAAUUUUGCUGCCUUAUUGUAUGGUCUCUUAGCAAUGUAACAAGUGGAAGCUGCCCCUUGGGGAAUGCCUUUAUGCAUCUCUUUAUUCAAAACUGCUACUUUGUUUCCAUCUGUUCAUCUAUAGACAAGGCUAUUCCAUCAUCUUCAGAGACAUAAUGGGUGAGGGAAGGGACAUGGAACUUCUUGGGCAGCCUUAUUCCCACCUUCUAAAGAUUGCUCUCAACCACAUCCUUUUUGUUCUGUUCUACUGCACAGUAACCUGUUGGAAGAAUGAGGAGGGUAGUACUUCCAUACUUUUCCAUGUCUGAUAUUUCCAUUCACUUGCUCUGAAUGUUCAUGCAGAGACUGAGGUAGUCAGUGUGUAAAGCUUUCCAUGUUGCUACCUCAAGAAUAGGGUAUGGCACAGGGACCCAAAAUUGAAUUACUUUUUCACUACAAAUGAUGAUACUUGUUGCAUUUUUAUUUUUUUUAAUUUGAACAGUGUUCUAGGUUGGUGAGAGAGAAUCUGAUUAAUGAACUCUUCAGGUUAUCACUUUCCUGAUAUUGAUAUAUGUAGGUUUUUUGUUCUUCUGCAUCACUGUUUGGUUUUUUUUCUGGUUUUCCCCCCUUUUUAAACAGGAGAAACCUUUGAAACACUCUCCUGUAUCAUUAGUUUUCCUUGCCAGUCUGUCAAGUUGCUUACACAGCCUUGGGAGAACUUGCUGAAUGCUGCUUAUAGCCUUUCCAAAGGAUACUCACUGUUACAAGAAAUCUUUAACUAGCCAAGCCUGCCAUUUGUGAAGGCAGGAUUAAUUCAGAGGUUCGUGCUACUGAAGAACAGGCUGUUUUUGUCCUACGACUUCGGGCAAAGCUUGACCUAGCUUACUGGUAUCUACAUUUAAGUACAGAGGAAGAACACACAUUGCUAUGGUUGGAAGGACUAGAAAGCAGAAAAAGUUGGAGCUGUGAUAAGUUUCUUCAGUGCAGACAACCUAUGUGCAGAGCAAUGGAAAAACUAGUAAAUUUUUUUUGUAAGCAUUCCCCCUGAAAUUUGCUAUAUCAUUUCUUCCAGUUUGAGCCUGUGUUCAGAACAGCUGUUGACAUAUAACCUUGUCCUCCAGUUCUCAACAUUCUGUUGUUGUAUAAGCCAGCUGCAAAAACGUGUUGCAUUCAGCAGCAAGGCUUAGAUAGUUAAUUCUGUUGUAACAUACAGUGUUUUCCAAAAUCAUACAGUUGGAGUGUCAAAAACAGAAGUUUAAUGUUAUAAGAACUUGUGUAGGUUUCCAGACAAGUCUUUAAUCUGCACCUUGAGUAUCUGCAUCCAUGAUCAUUAUGAGAAAGAUGACCAUUAUAAAACUGGGGGCAAUAGCUUUCUACAUAUAAAUGCUGCUACACUGGUAUGACAGAACUGCACUAUUGACUCUUCCAGUGUGGUACUUCAGUAUACUUAAACUGUGCAUUGUGUGCAAUGGCUUUCUUAUGAAUGACUCCUUAUGCACUUUGUGGCCUUCUGGCUUGUGACUUUUCUUUCCCCUACUGGUUAUCCGUAGUCAAACUGUGUUCAGUACAUGCGGUUUGGUUUCAAAGCAUGUGGUUUGAUUUCCAUAGAACUGCAGGAUAAAGCAUUUUCUGCUGUAGAACUGUAGGAUCUCCUUUGCAGUAGUUCUGUAGGCUGUACAUAAAAGCUUGAAGCUUACAGAAUGAUUGGUCCGGCUUUUUGUUGUUCACUUUAUUUUGACACAUUUAAUGUUCUCCCCACUGUUAAAAUAUUUGAGUACUUCAUGUAAAUGUACUAGUUUCUUUUUCCUCUAAGAGCCACUUAUAGCACACACAGUAUCCUUGCAGUGCAGUCUUGUCUGUAUUGUCGUCUUUGUCCUUGGGCAAUGUUGUCUUACCUUUUAAAGGCAAAUACUGCGGUCUGUGAUGUACCCACAAAGGUAAAUUGGAUUGUUUCAAAGAACUGAAGGAACUGCUGAUAUGUAUGUUCUAAAAUUGGCCUCUCUGGGAUAAAUGUGGAACAUUAUUUGUGUCUCUGAGUUUCAUAGUUUUACUGUGAUACCAUUAUCCAGACAACUAAGAGCAGGGCUGGCUGCUUACUGUAAUAUUUGAUCUAUAGAAAGUGGAUUACCCAUCAGCUAUCUUGAGUUGUUUGAUCAGAGUCGAACUUUGAAUUGGUGUGACAACUGUCGGCUUCGAUGUUUGUGAAUACAAUUAAUUAACACUUGCAUUGCCCAGGCUUUGUGCAGGUUACUCUCCUGUGCUUUUCACUGGAUGCAGUCUCCUUUGAUCACAGCUACAUCUCUUCCAGCAGUUUGCUGGGUACCUUCUGGGUGAGAUCAGUCCACUUGGAGUUGCUUUUAAAAUGAAAGUUGGAGCAAAGAAUGCUAAAAGGACAAUUAAAUACGGGAGAUAACAGCUAAAAACAGACAAUCAGCUUGUUGUUCCACCUUGUUAAAAGGGGUUGAAGUAAUGUUUUAGCCUUCAGGGGUGAUCUUUUAUUUUGGCUUAUUUAAGGGAACAAAACUUAGACCCGGUUUCUUGGAUUUCUGUUAAGUUGCCAAUGCAUACAAAGUUACCUCUGAAAUGUUUCCCAAAGAUCUUCAAAUUAUUUAUAUUGUUUGCCUGAUAUUUUUUAUGAAAAAGAAAUAAGAGCAAAGGGAAUAAGAACAUGCUACAUUAGUUAUAUCCUUUCCUGCAGAACGGAAAGGAGUGCAUUUAAACUUUCUUGUAACUUAAAAUGGUAAUCUUAGUUUAUGUCUGAAUGUAGUGGUAUUUAUUUCACCUUUUUUCCCUGCCAACAAUGCAAAUGUUUUGGACAUCAGAAACAAAUCUCAGUAAUUAGUUUGUCUCUGUAUAUUUCCUUCAUUGUGAUAGGCCCCUAAACGUUACUGCAAGCUAUUCAUUUUGACUUGGCAAUUUGGGAUAUUGAGACUGUGCUUUGCAGAAUAUGCCAAAAGGUGGCACUAGAGCAUGCAUUGAUCAGAGGGGAAAAAGGGGCUUCUCUGCCAAGCUGUGUGUGUGACAGCAUGCUGCUCGUCAUUGGGUUUCUCCAAUUUAUUGGUAGAUGAUGUGGCGGGGAGGCCUGACACUGGAAAAAUGUGACCUUGGUGAGUGCAGCCGCAUCUCACGGCUCCUCUGUGGCCCUUUCUGUCCCUGUGAUGCUGUGAUAACAGGUGAGCUGUGGCGUGUUGCAGCGGGCUGAGCCCAGCACUUAAACUGACUGAUGGAUCUGCUAGCAAAAGUUGUUCUAAGUAGGUUUACACUAGAGUUUUAUGGAGUUAUUAAGCAAAUAAUCAGCCUGUUCACUUCAGUGUUGACAUUGCACCUGUCUAGUUCCCUGUUUACAUAACGCACUCCGUAUAUUUUCAUUGUAAUUGAGAUGUUUGUUAAUGCCAUUUUCUGUUAUGUUUUUGUUCCUAUAAUUACCUUUGUAACAUUCCUCAGACUGUAGUGUUUUAAAAGAAUGCUUCCAGAUCCAAGAUUUUGGAGAGCCUUCAUAUGUGUUUCGCUUCCCAUCUAAACUGUUUAAAUUUGGAACAAGCUGAAUGCUGAAGUGUGCCUAGGGAAAUAUACUCCUUUUUUAUUCCUCAAGUUUGUCUGUGAACAUUUAGUUAUGUAAGUUUUCAGUUCUUCUAUUUAAGAGAGUCUGCCUACCCUGCAUAUGUGAAUGUAAUUAAGCCCUGAGAGUCAUAGCUAAACACUCACAAAGAAUAGUUUGAGAGUACUUUUGUACUCACGUGAGGUUUGCUAUUAUUCUUACAUACACCCUUGGCUGUAAACUGUGUGCAUUUACUCUGUAUUUAUAUUGUUAAGUCUUUUGUUUGGAUUGCUUUAAACUUCAAAGCAAAUUAAAAUGAUGUGCUUCUAUUCAAAUGCUGCCUUCUGUGCUAAACUGUACUUUGAUGUUUCUAAUUUUUUAUUAUUGAUAUAUACCAGUGCCUGGACAAUUGUGAUUAAAAAAGAGCAAUUCGUUAGGAGAUCACUGUGAAUCAUUUUAUCUUUUGCCCUUUUAUUUUGGCUGGGAAUAAUGCAUUUGGAUUGUACUUGUAACAUUGUCAUCUUUUGUUGGAAGUAAUGUUUGACAUAAGCUAGAGGAACGUGCUUUUACACUUAAAUUCAGAUACUGUUGUUACUGUCUGGCAGCUGAGAUUCAGUAACCAGUAAUCAGAAAACCUGUGUCCAUUUAAGCUUCCAUCGAGCGCACAGGACUACUGGCAGAAAUGAAGGGUGGUAUUUCCUCAGUGUUCAGACUUGAGAUUCAAGGCAAGGAUUGUAACUGCUUUUGUAAUUAAACUUUAUUAGGUAUCGUUUCUUUUUAACAGCAGGUAUUUGAUAUGAAGUCUGUUGUCCGAAUUUCCCUGUAAAUCAUUCAGCAUAAAUAUCUAUAGGUUUUGUUUGCAGUUUAUGCUGCGUUCUGGCCUAGCCUUCCCCAGUGUGUUCUUAAACUGAAUCCUUAGCAGUCUGUGGUGCAAACUUGAUGUCACCGAUUCCAUUAUUUCAGCUGUUCAGAAGUAUUUCAUAAUUCACAUUAAAACAGCGUGUGUAUGAUUA